CCGCUUUGGGGUCCCCGAGAAGCGGCUGGGUUGGGAACGCGGCCCGCGGCUACGGGGGGAAGAGGGUGGGUGGGCUGAGAGAGCGACUGGGCGGCGAGGCCGGCCCGCCGCCCCUUCCCCCCCAUCCCCCCUCGACUUGGUGAAAGCAGAAGCUUCCUGGAACGUCUCACGCCGACGCCAUGGCGGCUGCUGCAGAGGCCGCGGCCCCACCGCCGACGGACGCGAGCUGGGAAGGCGGCGGCGACGACGAGGAGAUGAAGCAGUCGCUUCCGGAGCUGGAGUCCUCCCCACAAAAUGGCGGCGGCCGCCUCGGCAUCGCGGAGCCCGGCGCCGGCGGCGGCGGCGGCGGCGAGCCCGAAGAGACCGCAGCGGCCCAGGCCGGCCCGAGACUCGGCGACGAUCCGCCCCAGGCUGCCUCAGAGACGGGCGCGGCUUCUCUGCUCAGGGGCUUCGAAGAGCUCGAAAGACCCGUUAGGAGGAGUUUUCAGAUCCCCAGGAAGAGCAGAGAAAAGAAAGCACUUUUCCAGCCACUAACUCCAGGCUCUCGAGAAUUUGAAGAUGUUUUAAAUAUUCUUCAUUCAUCUUACCUUGAACCAACUUCAGUUACAAACUUUAACUACAGGCGUGCUUGCUUGGUACAUAAUGAACUUUUGGAAAAAGAGUUUACAGAAAAGAGAAGAGAACUGAAGUCUGAUGGUCGUUUAGAUAAAGAACUUUCAGAAUCUUAUGCAUUUCUGAUGGUUGAUCGAUAUCAGGUCCAAAGCAUAUGUGAAAAAGGAUUACAAGUGGGCCAGUCCAAAAUAACAAUUCUUGGAAGUCCUUCCAUGGGUAUCUAUCUUUCUAGGUAUGCUGAUCUAUUACAAGCUAAUCCUUUGGAAGCUGGCACAAUGGGUGAUGUUGUUAUUUUUAAAAUAAUGAAGGGUAGAAUUAAGAGUAUUUAUGAUCCUAUGGGUGCAAAAAGUCUGGAAUCUGUGUUGAAUAAAACUGCUAUGGACCCAACACCAAAACAUGAGUGCCACAUGUCAAAGAAUGCCAUUAGAAUUACAUCCCUUUUGGCUUACAGAGCCUAUGAGCUUACUCAGUAUUAUUUUUAUGAGUAUGGCUUUGAUGAAAUAAAGCGAAGACCAAGACAUGUGUGUCCAUAUGCGGUUGUUUCUUUUACUUACAAAGAGGAUAUACAAGCUUCAAAAUCUGUAUCUUUAUCAAGAUCUACUAGCUUUAAUGCCAAUCGAAGUACAGAUAGAUUGCAUUACACCUUGUGGAAAGGACAGCUUCUAAAUAAAGGAAAGCUUUUGUGUUAUAUUUCUCUGAGGUCAGCCAAUCGUGCUUUUUUGCCUAUCAAGCUUCCUGAGAAAUUAGAUGUUGAAAUGGUUAUGAGUAUUGAUCAUCUGAAACAGAAGAUUCCUCCGGCAUUAUUUUAUAAGGAAACAUACGUAGGUCCAAAUGAAGUUUUGAAGAAUGGAAUGUAUUGCAGUCUUUAUGAAGUUGUAGAAAACACAAGAAUUGGAAGUAACUUGGAGUGCUUACUGCAAAAACUGGAGAAAGAAAAACUUGUUCUUGUUAAGCCUUUGGGAGAUCAAGGAUACCUUUUUUUCCUCUCUCCUUGUCAGAUGGUUUCUCCAUAUGAUCACCAAACUGUAAAAUCUCGAGUCCUGCAGGCUUUGUUUCUAUUUCAAGAGCCCAGAAACAUAAUUAUAUCACAAAAAGUUUCAACCAGUACAGCACCACGUGAGAGACAUGAAAGCAUGCCAGAUAUAUUAAAAAUAACUCAGUUUUUACAGUUUUCUUUGAUUCAGUGUAGAAAGGAGUUUAAAACUAUAAAUACUGUAAAGUUUCAUUCUGUUGUUGAAAAGUAUGUAAGUGAAUUUUUUAAGCGAGGUUUUGGUACAGGCAAACGAGAGUUUAUCAUGUUUCCAUAUGAUUCACGACUAGAUGAUAGAAAAUUCUUAUACUCAGCUCCAAAAAAUAAAUCCCAUAUUAAUGAUUGUUUGUAUAACUAUAUUUUUCAUCCUGAUUUGUAUCAGUUAGCUAUAUGUCAAUUAAAAGAGCUAUUUGAAGAGAAUAGAAAGCUUCAGCAAUUCAGCCCACUUUCAGAUUAUGAAAACCAAGAAGAUGAAAUGAAUGGUACAAAAAUGAAAUUUGAAAAACGAAAUAAUUCCAUGAGUGAAAGUGAUAUACCUGGAAAACAAAAUUCUUCUCACUCUUUGGAUUAUGAUAAGGAUAGAGUCAAAGAAUUAAUUAACUUAAUUCAGUGUAGGAAAAAAAAUGUGGGUGGGGAUUCAGACACAGAAAACAAGAGAAACAAAACUGGCUUGAAGAGGAAGCUUGAGGAUCUGCCUGAAAAUAGGAGAAAAUUCACCAAAACCAGUAAUUUAUCUGAUAAUUGCCAUCCUUAUGAAGAAUCUAUACAACCUCCUGGCUUGCUUGUAAAUGAUGCUGACUUGAGACUGCAGCAGCAGGAUAACUCCAGUUCCGGCACUACUGAGAUCCAUACGCUGUUUAACUUGCUGUCAGAAACACUAGCAAAUGCACGCCAUUCUGAUGCGGUACUGACAGAGACAGUCAACAAAGCCUUAGGACUGAGCACUGGUGAAGCCUAUGAAGACCUGAGACAAAAACAUGACUAUGAAUUAAACUCCACCCCAGAUAAGAAAGAAUAUGAGCAGCAUACUUGUGUAAAGAUUGAAAACGCACAUUUUAAGGGUACUCAGAGCCCAUUACUAGAGACUGAUAAAUCAUCUUUAAAAUAUCCUGUUGUCAUUUCUACCAGUGAAGUAGGGAGUGGCCAUAAACUACAUUUGAAAGAAGAUCCAGAUUUAAUCAGCAUGAAUAAUUUUGAAGACUGCAGUUUGUGCCCUGCUGUUUCCACUGAACAUGGUUUCUCUAGACAAUCUAAGUCAAAUAAUGAAGAAGAGACUGAAAUACAUUGGAAACUGAUUCCAAUUACAGGAAGCAAUGCAAGAAGCCCAGAAAAACAGCUGGGAAAACAUGGUGAGAAACAAACACCAGGUAUGAAGUCACCAGAAAAACUGGCAUGUCUGCCACCACAGGAGACCUUUCCUAGUGAUCCCCGGGUAAUAAGUAGACAGAGAAGUUCUGAUUAUCAGUUUUCAUCCUCUCCAUUUACAGACACACAAAAGAGCACCACUGAGGAGGACGUAUGGACAGGUCAGGUGGUGACAGUGGAAGAACAGUGUGUGCCUGCAGCAGAGCCGCCUGAAGUCAAUGAAACCACAGAGAGGACAGUGUUAGGAGAAUAUAAUCUCUUUUCUAGGAAGAUAGAAGAGAUUUUGAAGCAAAAGAAUGUUUCAUAUGUCAGCAGAAUUUCCACACCCAUCUUUUCAACACAAGAGAAGAUGAAACGGCUUUCUGAGUUCAUAUAUUCUAAGACUUCCAGAGCUGGUAUACAGGAGUUUGUAGAUGGCUUACAUGAGAAGCUAAAUACUAUUAUUACCAAAGCAUCAGCCAAAGGUGGGAAUUUGCCAUCAGAUUCUGGUGCUAAGAUACCAUCUGACAGUCUGGGGAGAGAUAUCUUUCCAGUCUCAAGUGACUUCAGAAACAAACAAGUGGCUGAUCCACUUUGUGGUGAUACUUUGAAAGACCUAAUUUCUAGUGAGCAGCAUUUCUCUUCAGCUUUGGGUUUGACUGAAGUAGAGAUGAGUCAGCCACACCAGACUACAGAGCUAACACUGACUUCUGAUCAUAUUGGACCUGGUGAGACUGCCCCAGAAUCAGUAGAAAAAGAAAUAACUAAAUCACCCAGUGAUGUAAACAUUUCUACCCAGCCUGCUCUUUCAAAUUUCAUAAGCCAGUUAGAACCUGAAGUAUUUAACAGUUUGGUUAAAAUCAUGAAAGAUGUCCAGAAAAAUACUGUGAAAUUUUAUAUUCACGAAGAAGAAGAGAGUAUACUCUGUAAAGAAAUAAAGGAAUAUCUUAUCAAAUUAGGCAAUACAGAAUGUCAUCCAGAACAAUUUUUGGAAAGAAGAUCACAAUUAGACAAACUGUUGAUUAUUAUUCAAAAUGAAGACAUUGCAGGUUUCAUUCACAAGGUACCUGGCUUGGUGACUUUAAAGAAACUCCCUUGUGUUAGCUUUGCUGGUGUUGACAGCCUGGAUGAUGUUAAAAAUCAUACAUACAAUGAAUUAUUUGUAUCUGGAGGCUUUAUUGUCUCUGAUGAAUCCAUUCUAAAUUCAGAAAUUAUCACAAUUGAGAACCUUAAAAAUUUUUUGGCAUUCCUUGAAGAACUUAAUACUCCAGAAGGAAAAUGGCAAUGGAAAGUUCAUUGUAAAUUUCAGAAAAAGCUAAAGGAACAGGGGAGAUUGAAUGCUAGAGCUCUAAGUCUACUGACACUUCUGAAUGUUUACCAGAAGAAACAUCUAGUUGAAAUUUUGUCAUACCACAACUGUGAUUCACAAACUCGAAAUGCUCCAGAAUUAGAUUGCCUUAUUAGACUUCAGGCUCAAAAUAUACAGCAGCGGCAUAUCAUCUUUUUAACAGAAAAGAAUAUUAAGAUGCUUUCCAGCUAUACAGAUAAUGGAAUAGUGGUUGCAACUAUGGAAGACUUUAUGCAAGAUUUUAAAAAUCUUGUUGGGUACCACAACUCAGUAGCAGAAGAAAACCUCCCGCUGCUUGGUGCUAAUGAGGAGUCAGAUGCUGUUUUGACAUUAACCCCUUUGGAGCUGGGAGUUGGGAUUUCCCAACAUUAAUCGUGAACACAUUUCGCAGAAGCUUUUAGCAUCGGAUUAUCUGGACAUUCACACCUAGUGUGAGUGUUGUGACUAAGUGAACUUUGGCAGAAGACCAAGCUUUAAGGGACUGUGGACUUGCAGACCCUGACGCAUUAUAUUGUGUGAGUAAUGUAUAACUUUAAAACUUAAGCAGAUUGUGUAUUUCAAUAGAGGAGGACUUUUUGUUUUUUUAAAUGUAGCUCUUUUAGAAAACGAAAAGGAUGAAGAGGACAUGUCUCUGGAUUCAGAGGAUGAAAUCACACAAAUAGAAGUUUGCAGCAAUUUUCACUCAGAAAUAUUGGCGAAAGAAACGAAAGGAUCACGUGGAACAGAUCAAAAAGAAAAUAUCCAAAUUGAAUUGCAAUCGUCUCUUGACGUGCAAAAAAGUUUAUUAGAAGAUAAGACUUAUCAAAAUGAAUCUGAAGAGAGGGCUUCUAUUGGUAUAUUAUGGUCUGGAGGAGAAAACAGCAAUUCAGCUGAACAAGAUUCAUAUAGUAACUUUCAGGUUUAUCACAAUCAAUUAAAUAUGUCCCAUCAGUGUAGUCAUUUUAAUGUUCUCACUCACCAGACUUUUUUGGAGACACCAUAUGCCAUUUCAUCAACUCAGUCUCAAGAAAGUGAAGAUUACUUUUUAUCUGCGUAUGCUCAGAGCUUGAAUAGUGAUAAGUCUACAUCUCCAUUAGGUUGGGGGAAAAGUGAAUCUUCCGGGCCAUAUUCAAAAAAAUAUAUAUAGUAUUCCCCCCCCCCCUUUUUUUACAACUAGGUUGCUAAGGAUUUUGUUUCAUAAAAUGUGAAUUACCAAUUUAUACUUCAUCCUUUUAAAUGUUCUUUGCCCUUUCUCAAAUGUUUUUUUCUUAUUUAAAUCAUGAUAGCCUGUAUGUAACAGUUGAAUCUUCUGAAAACUGAAAUAAAUAUACAUAUAUAUUUUUAACAUUG